AUGCUCUCCCCGCGCGCCCAAAAAACGUCCUCCGCCCUCUCCCGCCCGUGGCGCUUCGCCCCGACCCAGACCUACACCCCCUCCAACCCCUCCGGCCUCAUCUCCUUCGCCUCCGCCCAGAACAACCUCAUGCUCCCCUCCGUCGCCGCCCUCGCCGCCCGCGUGCCCCUCCCCGCCGACGUCUUCUCCUACUCCUACAGCACCGCCGGCGGCCCCCGCCUCCGAGCCGCCCUCGCCGCCCACCUCAACCUGACCUUCCGCCCGCACGCCCCGCUCACCAGCGCCGACGUCCACGUCGCGAGCGGCGCGACCGCCGUGCAGCACAUCCUCGCCUUCGCGCUCGCCUCGCCGGGCGACGGGAUCCUCGUGAGCAGGCCCGUGUACGGGCGCUUCGAGCUGGACUUCGGCAACGAGAUGGGCGUCGAGGUCGUGUACGCGGACACCACGCCGCGGAACUGCUUCUCGCCGGACGUGGUCGGCGCGUUCGAGGAGGCCGUGAGGGAGGCCGCGUGGAGGGGCGUCGAGGUCAGGGCCGUCAUGAUCGUGAACCCGAGCAACCCGCUGGGCCGGUGCUACCCGCGCGAGACGCUCGUCAAGAUCAUGGAGUUCUGCGGGCGCCGCGGGAUCCACCUGAUCAGCGACGAGGUCUACGGGCUCUCUGUCUUCUCGGACGCCCUCGAGCCGUUCACGUCGGUGCUGUCGAUCGACCCGGCGGGCGUCAUCGAUCCGGACCUGGUGCACGUGGAGUACGGGCUCGCCAAGGACUUCGCGUCGUCCGGGCUGCGGCUGGGGGCGCUGGUGUCGCGGAACAGGGCGCUGCACGACGCCUUUGCGAGCGUGGUGCGGUUUCACAGUCCUGCCGGCCCGUCGGUUGCGCUUGCCGCGGCCAUGUUUGAGGAUCGGGAGUGGCAUGACGAGUUCAUCGCGCUGUCGAGGCGGGAGAUCGCGAAGGCUUAUGAGUUUGUGACGGGGAGGCUGAGGGAGUUGAAGGUGAUGUAUCUCGAGGCGAACGCGGGCUUCUUUGUGUAUAUCGACUUAUCGCCUUGGUUGCCGCCGGCGGACUUUGGGUCGGCCCAGGAGAGGGAGUUUGCCUUGGCCGAGAGGUUGUUGGCGAAGGGCGUGUUUUUGCACCCGGGAGAGGAGCAUUGUCUCGAGCCUGGGUGGUUUCGGCUUGUAUACACCCAAACAGAGGAUGUUGUUGGGGAGGGAGUUAAGAGGAUUGGUGAGGCCUUGAAAACUGUGCCUUGGAAGGUCACAGCUUAA